GGUCAGGGAUUGGACGUUUGCGCCGUAGGAGUCUUCUGUGUGUGUCCAGUUUAUGAAAUAUAAGCGUUAAUAAAGCGUUGUCGUUAAGUAAUAAGCGUUAAUAAACGUAAUGAGGAGACGGAGCAGCGGCAGCGCGGCCAGGAGACGCACCGAGAGCUCGGGGUUUGACGAGUUCGGCUUUGCGCUCAGGGGGGAACAGAGACUGCAGGGCAGAUGUCACCAGUACAGCUACCCGCAGCCGAACUCGGCCGAGGCCAAGGAGCUCCGUGGACUCAUCAGCUGUUGGGACGGAUCCAGCGUCACUUGCAGAAACCAGAUUGAACACUUUAUGAAGAUGGGGAUCCCUCCUGUGCUGCGAGGACGUGUGUGGAGGUGUCUCCUCGACAUUGACACCCUGAGGGCAACCAGCAAGUUCUGCUACCAGAAAUGUCUGAGAGAAGUUCGGGAGCCCCUUGUGGACUUGGGGUUCAACGAGUACAGUGUUUUGUCAGCCAUCGCCAUGCUGAAUGACGCCCAUGACCAGAACCCCUUCUGGCUCCUCCAGGCCUGCUCCGUGUCCACCGACGACUUGGUCAUCCUUCACCAGAUUGCACUGGACUUACGACGGUCCUUUCCUACGCAUCGGUCCUUGAUGGGAGACACGCCCGAGGCCAUUGAAGGACAGGCCAAGCUUUUCCGAGUUCUCGUCGCGUACGCCAGGUACAACCCCAAAAUCGGUUACAGCCAAGGUAUGUCUCACAUUGGUGCGGUGUUGCUGAUGAACCUUCCGGAAGAAGAGGCCUUCUGGGCCCUCGUCGCCCUGCUGGAGUCUCCUAAGUACCUUUCUGGGCUGUUUGAUCACUCAUUGGACAAAAUCCAGCACCAGGUUGGAGUUUUCCACCAGCUCCUGAAGCACCGGAGUCCACGCCUCUUCCAGCACAUAGAGGAUGUGGGGGUGUCUUCCUUGCACUAUGCGAUGCCCUGGUUCCUGUCCGUCUUCACCUCGCUGCCCUGCUGGGACUCGGUGAUGGCCAUAUGGGAUCUCGUCAUGCUACACGGGAUGUUGGCUCUGUUCCGUGUAGGACUGACCAUCAUUCAUCUCUUGGAGCCACAGCUGCUGCGAAUGAAGGACGAGGCCCUGGUGCUGCCGCUUCUACUGCACGUGCCUGUGGAUGUGGCUCAGCACUGCAUCUUGAUCCCAGCCCUGUGGAACACUGAGGUUCAGGAGUGGGAGGUGAUCUGCAUGAAUAGUCUGAUCCUGGAGGAGGCUGGAGAUGGCUCUUGCCACCUGGGACAGGUGGCUGAGUCUCCAUCAGCCAUAAAGACCAGGUCUCGGAAGAAACUGGAUUUGGAGGAGGGACUCAAGGAGGCUGCUGCAGGCAGAGCGAAGUCUGCCAAGACAGCCAGGUGGACAGUGAAGACCUCCAUCCUUCGCAUACUAAAGAAUGCUCGGCGUUACCUGGGUAACUCGGUCCAUGGGCAGGGUGAGGAUAGCCAGACCCGUCUCACGUCGCAUGCCAACCCCUCGCUGUCAGACUCCUGUAAGACACGGCCGGCCUCUCUCCUCACCCGAGCACAGGGAGCUGAUAGCAGUGCAACUCCUAAAGAGUGAAAUGGAUGACCAUUCCAGAAGUGUUCAAGAGUCACAACUUAUCUGAAGCUGACGGAACAUCUGCCCCCACGGCGGUUACAGCCCCAGACCCUCAGUUGUCAUUUAAGGUGUUCAUCAAGGCUCUCUUUUGGGAACAUUGCAAAAGUGUGUUAAACCAUCCAUGUUCACCCCAGUACUUUGAGUGUCCUCUAUAGGACCAUGUUUCCAAUGAAAUGUCCCACCCAGCUAAAUUUGUGUCACUAGACAUUCACACCCAGUGGUUUCACUCAGGCUCAAGAGGUUUAUCACCUGUGGAAGGCUGGUAAUGGCAUCAUAAUGGCAGGUAAACAGAAGGUGUGAAAAGUCCCCUGGUCACUUAGUGCCCUUGAGGAGCCUCUCAAACCUGCAGGUUGAACACAUUUUUCUCUGGGUGUAGUUCAGUCGUCUUUUUCUUACUCUUCCUGUCACAAACUCUCUGUUGAACACUUUUUCGGAAGCACCCUGUAAUGUGACAAAGAACAAUGACACUAGAGGUUCAGCAGUCAUUUGGAGGAACAUUUCUCUGAUGUGGGUUGUUUUUAAACUUUUGAAAAGUGGUAGUAAUGUUGAAGUCAAAUGUUGUGGAUAUAUGUUGCAGGGAGA